AUGAGUACGACUUCCAGUGUACGAGCUGAGUGGAUCUCAGCAGUUACCAGUGCUGCUGGGACAGCUGCAUUUGGUUAUCUAGCUUACAAAAGACUUUAUGUUAAAGAUCAUUGCAACAAAUCUAUGGUAAACCUUCACAUCCAGAAAGACAACCCCAACGUAGUACAUGCUUUCGGCAUGGAGGAUUUGGGAGAUAAACCUGUGUACUGCCACUGCUGGAGGCCCAAAAAGUUCCCACUCUAUGAUGGAUCACACAUAAAACACAAUGAAGAAACUGGUGAUAACGUGGGAGCUCUGAUCAUUAAGGAAAAAAAAAACACUUAA